AACCUGAAGAAUAUGAAUAUUAUAUCAAAGAAAUUGUAGAGACUUUGAAUAAUUGGCUUAUAACAUCUGGGAUAAGACAAAAUUCGGCAGUAUCAAAAUUAUGUAUGUGUUGGGCAAUUGAAGUUAAGGCACUAAAACUUAUAUUCUCAAUUACUAUAACAGAAAAUAUUUACCAGAAAUUGCAGGAAUAUCUUAAAAGAGAACAUGAUAUGCUUAUACAGGUUA